AUCGGUAUUUUCUUUCUAGACACUGUUUCCAGGAAUAAGAGAUCGCGACCCUGGAAAUCCGAACGGCCACUUACGCCAAGGCAGGACGACUGGCUACCCGAACAACGAAAGACGCGGCCUAUUCCCCUGGACCAGUACCUAAAACGGCGACGAACACACGACGAGUCUAAGAAGGUUCCGGCUCCCCGAUCUCUCUCGCCGGUUCCUCGGACUCCCUCUCCGAUUCCUCGGACUCCCUCGCCGAUUCCUCGGACUCCCUCGCCGAUUCCUCGGACUCCCUCGUCGAUUCCCCGGACUCCAAUUCCGGUCCCACGGACCCCAUCUCCGGUUCGACGGACUCCUUCACCGGCUCCCGUCGAAAAACCAAGCACGCCACGGACGCCUUGGCCCGUUCCCGUCUGUGGAACCCCAAAAAACAGGAGGCCUCUCACGCCUCGAGUCGUCCUGUCACCAUCAGACUACGUGGAGAAUAUUCCGCCAAAGUCUGUCCGUAGUCUGAUGACGCAGACCGUGCCAACACUGUGUGACUUCGGCACCCAGACCGAUCCGAUCCUCAUACCGAAACCCGCUACACCGACACCGCUAAUCCUUAAGCGCGACGCGUUCACACAAACCAAGAAACGCGGCGGUCAGGCUCGAAAUAGCCCGUAUUACCUCUAUACUCCUCGACGAAUGUAACCU